GUUGGACAUUAUAAAUUAAAUGUAAACAAAAAGCACGUGCUUGGAAAUUGUUUAUUUGCACUGACCGAUCGGGUUUGGUUAUUGACCUGUUCUGCCGUAGAUUAAGCUAUUAACUUUCUUACACUUAUAGCGUUAACAUUUGCUUACAAAUAUAUAAGUAACUAUCAUCAUGACAAUUUAAUUUGCAGUAGAAUGGACUCGUGAACCUUAGAUGACCCCCAUCACAAGGUCGAUGUUCCAGCUGGCGGUACUUCGACAAAGGAUAGUGAACUGAUUAGAAGUCGAUUCCAUAAUUAGCACGGUUGAUUUGUAUCAUGAUUAAGAUGUAAUAUAUAAAAAGGACAGUUCCCAAAAUGGAUGAGAAAAAAGACAAUCUUGAUCCUAUUGAAGUGAUUAUACCUAAUGGAAAUCAUAGUCCAGGUGUGGCAUUUAAGAAUGGACCUUCAUCAGAAAUCCCUAGUCCAAAAACUGGUACAAGCCCACAUAUUGAUGCACUACAGAAUUUAUUCAGUCUUGGACCACCUGACUUAGCAAAUGACAAAUAUUCCCCAGAGCUGUCAAAUGAGAAGCACUCUCCAUUGCUAACACAUAAACCUUCACAACGAGUAAAAUUUCCUGCCUAUGAUAGAGAAGCUAGUAAUGAAUCCGAUGCUGAUAUACAGUUCUUCAUGGGUAAAAAUGUGGAUGAGAUUCAGAGAACCGUUAGAUCUCUAGGAGAUAUCUCAGUUGACACACAGAACAGUGAUACAUACCAAAAUGCACCUUUCAAAUGUGGACAUCUCAAAUUUGACAGCAAAAAAAUUGAAAACUUUGAGCAUAAAAAGCAUUAUGUGUGUGUUCCCUGGGAUGCAACUCCAUAUGAACUAACAUACUUUAUGGAACGCUUUUGGAACAUGAGGAGUCCUAAGAUAGUGUUAUCCAUUAUGUCUGGUGUACGUAAUGAGAAGAUAUGGAAAAACCCAAGAUUGAGAGACCAGUUUAAGAAAGGUUUGAUAAAGGCAGCCAAUUCUACAGAGAUGUGGAUUGUGACUAAUGGAGUAGAUAAUGGUAUAGCCAGUAUAGUGGGUGAGGCUGUUAAUGAGGAGAAAUUCAUCAGGACAAAUAGCAGAGUUGAUCUUAGUCAGCUUAGACCUGAUGCUGUCAAGAAAUUUCAUCGAUUAACUGUUAUAGGAGUUAUACAAAAGCAGAAAGUUGUUUACAAUGAUCAACUUGAUGGUUCUGAAGGAUUGACACUCACCAAUGAAGGUUGUAAACCAAAUAAGGAUAUUCAUGAAUUAAACCCAGAUCACACACAUUUUAUCUUGGUGGAAUCAGAGACGGAGGAUCAUUACAUUGACUUCAGGUCUAAUUUUGAAAAGCAGUUGGAAUGUCAGUUGGGUCGACCUAGACGUUACAAACGACUCCUUAGUUACAAUUCUGAUGAAAAUGAGGCUGAAGUUGUUGAGCCUCCACCACAAACCAUUCCUGUUGUUGGAUUAUUAAUUCAGGGAAGACCUCAAAAAAUAGAUCUAGUUCUCUUUUAUCUGCGCCAUAAAAUGCCAGUGGUUGUUGUCAAAGGAACGGGAGGCUGUGCUAAUCUAUUGGCUUAUGCUAUAGAGGAAACUCAAGACAGAUCCGUUGCAGAAGUUGGCCAUUUGAGUCCUGAAUUACUAAAGUUGAUAAUUCACAAUUUCCCUGAUGAUUUUAAUAAGAAUGAUUUUGCUCGUAAUGCUUUCAGAGAUAAAAUUAUUGAAUGUGUUACUUUGUCAAAAGAGGAUGAUAGGACUUUUAUGACAGUAAUAAAUACACAGGGUGCGGAUGGAAACUUAGCUGAUCUUGACAAGUACAUACUAAAAGCUCUCCUAAAAAGUGAAAUAAAGAAAAGUUCAAGAUGGAGAGAAAGAGCUUACAAAGAUUUAACUUUGUUGUUGGACUGGAACAGAGCAGAUUUGGCUCAGACAGAAAUAUUCUCAUCUACAAAUGUGUCAAAAAUCAAGGUUGAUAAGACAUUAUUUGAGAAGUCACUGAUCAGGAAAGACAGAGAGGAGUUUGUCUCUUUGUUUCUGGAACAAGGGUACCAGAUCCAUAAAUACUUGAACCAUAAGAACCUGAAGUAUUUGUUUGAGAGAGCUGAGGACUCAGAAUUCUUCAGCACUGUUUGUCUGGAGGGAAUUCUGGGUAAACAUUACAUGAUUCCUGACCAGCCACUCCCACAUGACUUUUUAAUCAACGAUCUAAACAAACUGGUAGCUAAGUUAUCUGGAAUCAAGGAUUUUAUUCAACCAUAUGAAUUAUCUAUGAAUUCUGCAGAACUUUAUGUUUUAGACCCUGCUGUAGCUGAGAGAAAGGCAGUAAACUGUCUUAUUGUAUGGGCUGUACUUUUAAGUAGACCUAAACUAGCCAAAGUUCUAUGGUAUAGGUGUGAUGAACCUAUCCCUGUGGCUCUGAUCUGCAGUAAUAUAUACAGAGAACUGUCUAAAUGUCCAAUGGAAAGAUCUCAACGGACUGAUAUGGAGGAGCGGGCAAAAGAAUUUGGUAACAUGGCUUUAGGAGUGUUAGACAUUAGUUACAGAGAUACCAGUGCCCAGGCCUACUCUAUGCUAUGCAGACCCCUACCAGACUUUAAUAACAAGAGUACAAUAGAAAUAGCUCACAAUGCUUAUUAUCUGAACUUUAUUGCACAUCCAUGCUGUCAGAAGUGGCUAACAAGAAAGUUAUAUGGAUCAAUCCAGAUGAAGGAAUUAAACUGGGGUAUCUGUAGAUUACCAUAUUGGUUUAAGAUUUUGUCCAGUGUUUUUCUCAUCUUUCCUAUGUUUAUUUGGAUAUCAUUUGUUAAUGAUGGAAAGAAGAAAGAAAAGAAAGGAAGAACAACAGAAGAGUCAUGCUCAAAGGAUGAUGACUUUUCUGAAGCAUCAUCAUCUGAUGAGGAAACAGCCAUCUUACCAAGGACAAAAUCAGAAGUAGAGAUGGAACUCAACAAUUUGCAAAGGAGGAAAUCAGUUAAAAAGUUUCCAAAUUUGUUCAGACAGAAGAGGCAGGAAAAAAUCCCAGUGUCAAGAAAAGUCCAGAUGUUGUGGACAGCACCUAUAACAAAGUUCUGGAUUACUCAGAUGUUUUAUUUUAUAUAUCUUGGUCUAUUCUGCCUGGCAGUGUUGUGGCCAACAUGUGGAAAUCUAUAUUUAGAUCUUAUUGUGUGGGUUUGGACUGUGAUCAUUUUGUUAGAACUCAUAAGACAUACAUAUGUCAAACAUCAGAUACAUAGAGGGAUGUCUUUGUUAUACAAUUUCUUUGAAAUGACAGUGAUGAUAAUAUUCCUGAUAAUGUAUCUGUGUUUACGUAUUGUGCCGUCCUGGAUCAACUUCUCAGACAUAUACAUUACUAAGACAGUGCUUAGUGUGGGCCUCAUCUUCUUUUUCUACAGACUGCCACAUAUAUACUUACCUAUUAGUCCAACUCUUGGGCCUAUGUUGGUCAGGAUUAACAGAAUGGUUAGUGUUGAUUUUGUUUCCUUCAUCAGAAUGUUUUUGAUCUUCAUGGUAUCCGGUGGUGUCACAAUUCAGGCUAUUCUGUAUCCUAACUAUCCACUGGGAAAAGAAUUAAUUAGACGAGUAAUUACAAGACCAUUGUUUGCUAUGUUUCUCACACAGAUUGAUGAUUUGAGUGGUUUUGAUGACUGCACACCAAAGUAUGACAACCUAACAUCAUCCUAUUGUGUGAACAAUCCAUUCCAGUCAGCAGGCUCUCACAUGUAUAAACCUGAACCAGAUGUUGCCAAUCUUCAGAAGUGUCCAAUGUCCAGCCUGAGUGGUUAUGUCAUCACCAUACAAUAUCUACUCAUCUGUAAACUGGUGCUGGUCACUUUACUUUUUGCAAUGUUUUCAUUAACCAUUGGGAAAGUAGACAAAGAGGCAGCAGCUAUCUGGAAGUUCCAGCGUUAUUUGUUAAUCAUGGACUUUGAGGAAAGACUGUGUUUUCCAGCUCCUUUAACAGUCAUUAACUACAUAUACAUUCUCAUUCAAUACAUACACAGAAGGCUAUCAUCAUGUAGACAAAGUUGUAUCAGCUUUUGUACCUGUACAACACAGAAGAAAAAGAUGAAUUUGAGUCAUACAGUUCAGAAGUUAAAAAGAUCAGAGGAUUAUAACUACUGGAAGAAAUGUUCACAUGAAUAUGUCAGUGCCCAGGAAGAACAGACUGAAGUGGAGUCUGUUCAUAAAAUGCAGGCUCAAAUAUUACAAAAUUUGCAAGAUGAUAUGAGGUUCCAGAGGAAAACAAUGAGGCAAAUGACAGACAGAAUCAUGGAGCUAGACAGAAUGAUGCACUCCAGUAGAAUGUACUUGGAGAGUAUCUCUCAUAAACUUGACAAGAAUGAUGUCUUAGGAAUAUCCACAAAUAAAGGUGGCCUGGUCCAUGUGGCAGCUAGACAUUCACCAUAUCCAGGUACCAGUUUAACCAGGUUCCAGGUGCUAGACAAGGAUGUCCCAUGGAAUAAAACCUGUUUAGUUUAUGACCCAAAAACAUUUACUAAACCAGCAGAUACCUUUGCUGAUGAAGAGAGGAUUUAUGUGGAUGAAGAUAUUUUAAACAUUACAUUGCAACAGCAAGAAAGAGAACUUUUAACAGAAGAAGAAAGAGCUGUGUUACCUCGCUUGCCAGUUCUCAAUAUGGUUUGGAAUAAAGUUGUAACACAGAAAGUUCCUGGAGUUAAAGGAAAGAGGAUGUUUGAUAGGAGGUCGUGGAUUAUGAUGGAUAAUGAGAUGUGUAGAUAUAAGAUUGACCCACUCGGUCUUCCUCUGAAUCCGAUGGGUAGGACUGGCCUAAUAGGUAGAGGGGCGUUGUGGCAAUGGGGACCCAAUCAUCAAAUUUUAGCUGUGUGUACAAGAUGGAGAAGAACAGACAGUGCAGACGGACAAGCACCAGGUUUUCUGUAUGUUGAAGGAAAGAAAGUAAUGGAAUUCAUUGCAGUGAAAAAGAGUGAUGAUGGAGACGAAACUAGCUUUGGUUUACCAGGGGAAUAUCUUCAUGGUCUUGUAUCACGGUACAGCACUUUGAUCCAAGCCUUUAAAAGAGAUGUAUUAGAUGAACCUGAUGGCCAGGGUAAAGCUAACUUAGACCAAGGGGACUUAAUACAGUAUUUUUCUCAGUUUGCUGAACUAAAUCUUGGCAGCAUCACUAAUUUAGGACCUAAGAUACCAGGAACCAAUCUGACUCGUUCAGCUUCAAAUCCCUGUCUGAACAGUGCUGCAGCUGCCAACAUUGUUCCAACUUUUACAGCCAUGUCAAAAUCUAGUUCUAAAAAGACUGAUAUAGAUUCGACAGGAUUCAGUGCCUCUCAAGUUUAUAAAGGAUACAUUGAUGAUCCCAGAAACACAGAUAAUGCCUGGAUAGAAGCAGAAGUUUGGAAUUUCCAUUACGAUGCUGGAGAUAUAUACGAUAUCAAAUUACCAGAUGACUCCAACAAAGUAAUGUGGAAAGAAGUUUCUCCGAAUGUCAGGAUAUAUGGAAAUGAAGGCGUCAUUGUCCAGGAAGCUGCUAAAAUUCAGGAUGCCUAUUUUUGAUAUUUAUGUAAAAAACAAACCAAAGAAAUCUAAUAGUGCAUAUAUGAUGAAAAUAAUUAUAACUUGCUGAAAUAUCCCAAGUUGUCAACGAAAUUUACAGGCGAAAAAAUAUGAUUCAAAAUAUUUUUACACACAGAUAGUUGCCUUAUUCAUGACAUUCCAUUUAUCAAUUUUUUCAAAGAAUAGUGCUGGGUGCUAGGUAUGAAAUAUCAUAAAUUUUAUAAUGUUUUAAAUUUUAUGAAUCAUUCAUAACUCAACUAACCAUACAUUUAAAUUCAACAUAAUAAAAAAUUCAUUAGUUAAUCGAUUCAUUGAUAUUUUUACAUCAUUAAGAGUUUUAAAUAAUGUAUUCACUAUACAUUAAUUCAUUAUUUCCAUAUUUUUGCAUCAUUUAAGAGUUUUUUAAUGUUUAAAAAACCAACCAGGAAUAUAUGAAUAUACAUUGUGUACCUAUCCUAAGUAAGAUCGUUGUGUUUUUAUGUAUUCAAGAUGAUUUCUUUCUAGUCUAUAACUGCGCUCAGACUCUCUAAAAACAGGACAUUGUACUGUGUUUUAAUCAGUAAGCCUCUAAAGGAUUUAAUGUAAGCCUCUAAAGGAUUUAAUGUAAGCCUCUAAAGGAUUUAAUGUAAGCCUCUAAAGGAUUUAAUAUGUUAACUACUGUGGAAUAAUUGUUAUUCACUGGUUACCAAUUUGUUGGAAAAUUUGUGGUUAGAGGUAAUUUGAAUGUUUAAUGUAGUUCACUUUUUUAGGGUUUGUAUCUAGACUUUGACAAAACAUGAAAAUUGUAUUGAUAUAACAAGAAACAUAUAAUUUUUCCACAAUCUAUGACAAAUGAUACCAACAAAAGUAAACGACAUGAUAAGAAUCUCUUUAGAGUUCAUGUUUAUGUAAUUGUCAGUGUUCUAGCCUGGAUCGUCAGGAUAAAAAAAUAAGUUUGAACUUUCAAUAAACCAUGUAAUGUUGUGUUGCGAGAGAUUUUUGACAACACUUGUGAAAUUAAAAGUUUUAAUUAAUGAUUAGACUACUGUAUGCUUUCUUUUGUAGUCACUUUCUUUCAAAAAGCAGAGCUAUUAGGAAUUUCAUGUCAAUUUAAUUUUAAAAAUAACACCAACUUCAUUUAGAAAUGCAUUAUUUUUCCUAGAUUCAAAUUCACAAACAUAACCAAAGUUGUAUUCUUGAUUUUUGUAAAUAUUCAUUGUUCAUGAAUCAAUGUAGUUGGUUUACAUUUAAAUUUGAAAUUAUGUAAGUAUUAACAAAUUUUCUUGCAAGCGGUCUAUUCUUAAUAAAUAUUAUGACUUGCUUUAAUGAAAAAAAAAUCAGGUAUGGGACCUUAAUUGCUGAAAGUCUAGGAAUUAUUGUAAAGUCAACUAUAGUAAGAUGUAACACCAUCAAAUCAUAGUACAUCACAGCGAUUUCAUAGGAAAGGGGGAAAAAAUGUUCAAUUGAAUUUGACAUUAGUAGGAAAUUAAACUUUGCAGUGAAAAUGUUUUCAAAGACCAUUCUUUUUUAGUUUGGUGUUUCCAUAAAAUAUUUUUGGAAACUUGAGGUUAAAUGAUUAAAUCACCCAGUCCUGUUAUUUGCAUUCAUAAAAACCAACCAAUAAUUUCUGCAUUUUCAGUAUUUCAUUUCAAGAAAGACAAAAACAAAGUUAAACAGGUACAACUCAGUUUGAAUUGACCAGUUGUAAUAAAAUAAGUCAAUACCUGUGUAUGUUUUGAUGCAAAUAAUCGAAUCUCAAAUAACAAAUUAAAGCUUUUAUCCUAAUGCUAGCAAGUAAAACAAUUUGUUUGCUUGCUUGCCUUAUUUGUAUCAAUGUUUAGAAUUUAGAUUGACAUCUGCAAAAAUAUAAGUAGACGGAGUUAAACCUGUAUAUAGAUAAAUUUAAUUAUGUAAUAUUCAAAUUUAAAUAUAAUGUAUAUACAAAUGGAAGUUUUUAAUGACCUUGACUGGCUAUACAGCCCUUGCACGGACGGUUAAUGUAUACACGUUAAUUGAACUCUGCCUUUUUAUAUUGUUUGCAGAUGUCAAUCUUCAAGAAAAUACUUGAGCAAACAUUAAUACAAACAAUGCAAGCAAGCAAUCCUAACCAAACUAUUAACUUGCUCGCAAUAGGAUAACAGAUUAACAAAACAGGCUACAUUCUACUUUACUUUUUAUACCUCAUCUUCGCUACCUCAACCAUUUAAAUGUAUAUACCUACCUCAACCUUUAUUAUAUAGAUAUAUUUUUAGUUUCAAUUGUAUGAAUAUAACUACACAUCUACAAAUGUAAUUUGUAAAAGUGCAAAGGGGAGAAGAAGAUAGCCAUUAAAUGAUGCAAUGAAAGGGAAAAUGUUAAUUUGUUUGAUCAUAAUAGGGUCAAAUCCCAUUAUUACAUUGGUAAAACGAAUGUAUUGAUUUUUUAAAACUUAUGUACUUUGAAUUACAGUCCCGAUACCAUUUAUUGUCUCACUUGUGAAGAAUGUCACAAAAUAAGCCAUUGUUGUUACUUUUCAUAUUUAAAAAGAUAUUUAGAUUUUGAUAUAUAUAUAAAUAUACAUGUAUAUAAACAUUUGUCUUCUACUCUGGAUUCAUUAUUCUUUUUUGGAUACCUAUUUUCAUUGGUUUCAUGGGUUCAGGUGAACCACGAAUUCAAACAUUCAACGAAUGACAAAUUUUCUAUAAGCCUUGUGUGCAGAGAUUGUCUAAACCACGAAAUAAAAUACCACCAAAUAAGCAAGUUUUCCUGAAUCCCCAAAAAUUGAUACCAACGAAAAAUAAAAAUUCACACUAGUUUGUGUCUAGAGGUCUUUUAGUUUUUGUGUCUUUAAUUGUCUCUCAUUGAUAUCCAUCCCACAUCUAUCAUUCUUAUAUUCAUCCAACAAGUGUUUGGUUCAUGCAAAAUAGCUUUAUAUUCUACAUGUUUCUAAGCUUUUACAAAUAAAUUUCAUAGUUCAAGAAAAUGUAUAGUGAUCUACACAUAUUAUGUCCGAGCGGGUAUGUGAUUGGUAGAAUUAUUAUGUAUAUUUUUUUAUGGACACGGGUGGUUUUAGAAUGUUUAUGUUCCAGAACCUAUGAGUAUUUGGACCGUACGCCGGACUGUAUGCAUACUUUUUCAAAAUACUCAUACGGCCGGACCGUACGCAUAUGGUCUGAUUAAAAUUAAGAAGAUGGUCAAGUUUAUUAGAUACAAAUGCAUAGAACAGAUCAACAUAACUUAACUCUCAAAUUGAUAUAAAAAAAAGUUCAAUUGUAAUUGAAAUAAAAACUUUAUAUUUUAACUAUUUGAAAACAUCACGCUAUUUAAAAAAUCUGUUAAUCCCUUGUAUUUAGCAUGUUGAUCAGUAAUGAAUUAAUUGAAAUAUGAUCACUGAAAUUGAAGAUAUGGGAAGUAAACAUAAUUAUAUGAGAGGACAAUUGUUUUAGAAUAUUUAGCAACUUUACAAACAAAUGCUAAUGCAAAGGAACAUGCAUGAACUGCAAACAUGUAAAUGUAAAGAAAUAUUAUGUUACUUGUGGUAGCAUGUGUCACCUUGAGCAAGAGUACCAAAAUAGGAUACAGAUAUACAAGUAAUCAAAUAUUUAAUUUCAAUUGUUGGUUUGUUCAUUUUAUCCAUUAUCCAUCUAAUUUUAAUCAUUUAACAAUUUGUGUAAAAUUUAAAAUAAAGAUUGUCAUAAAUGUUUGUUUAAAUUUAAACCAUAUGAUCCAAUAACAUGUACGGUCAGCUCGUACUGGACCUAGAUGUAUAUUCAUACGGUCCAAUCAUAUGGUCAGACCGUACGAGUAUAGGUAUACAGUCCUAACCGUACUGGUACGGUCCAAAUACUCAUAUGGUCUGGAACAUUUACACAUAAGCUGAGUUACAUAGAAAUCGACCUUGUGCCAAUAAAUAACAAUCUGUUAACAUAUUUUGGGUUAAAAAAAAUUAUGCAUACUUAGUCUGUAACUGUUUGAAAAUUGAGUUGAUAUAAGAACCGUACAAAUUAUACCUGAAUUCCUCAUAUAUUUCAGAAUUGUAUGUUCCAAGAUAAGUUUUAUACAUGUACAAGUAAAUGUACAAUUGCAUAAGGUCGAUUUCUAUCCAUCGCAGCUCACAUAUUGGUCUAUUGUUUAACAUAAAUAUGACUUCCAUUUAGUUGUAUAAGUUUUACAUGUUAUCAAUAUCAAAUGUAAUUUUUAAUGUAUAUUAUAUUCAUGUGCUUUUUGAAACCAAGAAAAUUUGUCGUUUUAUACACAGAUUUUACAUUAUUAGCAGUUUUACC